AUGCCUAGUUUCUUUGGAGGGGUUACUGGAAGAGGUGUCUCGACUCUCUUUGAGAUACGUCUUGACGAGGAAAUUAUCGUACUUCGAGGGGGUGAAAAUGAAGCUUCGAGUCAAUUGAUCAAGGGGUCGGUAGUCCUAUGUCUACCAGCUGCUUUGAAAGUUGAAGAUGUACAUCUUCGUAUGACCGGUCAACUAAAAGUUGGUUGGAACGACCAACGUGUUACGCCUACCGGUAUUUCAAAUAAUCGAGUCGACAAAAUCACCGAGAUAUUCAGUCAUCGAUGGGCUCCAUUUGUAGGUGGAGCAGGACCUGGUUCUUCUUCGAAGGGAUUGCUUCUACCGGCAGGCAAUUACGAAUGGCCAUUCGAGCUCGUCAUUCCAGGAUCUAUGUCAGAGAGUGUAGAAGGGCUGCACGACAGCCACAUCAUUUACAAGUUGAAGGCAACAGUUGCUAGAGGAAAAUUGGCAUACGAUUUACAUGCUUGGAAGCCGGUCCGAAUAGUUCGAACUUUGGAUCCUUCAGCACUAGAAUUGGCCCACGCAAUGACAGUCGAGAACGUUUGGCCCAACAAACUCGAAUACCAGCUGAUUAUCCCACAAAAGGCUAUAGUAUUCGGUACUGCGAUCAGUGUCGAGAUGAGAUUUACCUCUCUACUGAAGGGCUUGAAAAUCGGCAAGAUAAAGUGCCAUUUGAUUGAAGUACAAGAAUUCAUACUCCCAGGAAAUUCUACAACUUCGGACAGGUAUUGGAAGCAUUCGAGAGAUGUGGACGCCUGGACCUUUGAAUUGAACGAAGAAGAGGAUUAUCAAGAUAUGCUCGAUGACAGUGGACAAGACGGGUUCAAAUUGACCGAAUUUAUGCCAUUGCCAAAGAAGUUGAGCAGAUGCAUACAAGAUGUGGACGUCCAUGGAAUUAAAAUCCGCCACAAGGUAAAAUUCAACAUUGCGUUACACAACCCAGAUGGGCAUAUUUCAGAGCUACGCGCAACAUUACCAGUCACGAUAUUCAUUUCUCCGAAUAUGCCAUUGACUGCCGAGGGUGCUCUAGUGGACCAGACACCAACAAGUACCACUCAGGCAGCCGCAGUAUCAACACAUGCACCACCCCUUUAUGGCGAGCACGUAUUAGAUCAACUUUACGCCGAUAUGGACCAAUCUGGAUUAAUGACCCCUAUGCCACAAUCUGGCAUGAAUACCCCCUUUUAUGCUCAGUCCCGUGCAGGUUCAUCGGAGAAUCUUGCCUCCAUGAACAACACUCAACAUCCGGCCGGUGCGGUCCUUCCCGCAGCAUUGUCAUCUAGGCUUCAAAAUUUGAACACGAACUUAAAUUCUGGACACAGAAAUAGUAGCUUUUUACGGCGGUAUGGAGGGUCUGGAUCUGGAGGAACUACCCCUCACCCUCAAGACGACCACCAGGGAGGUUAUUUCGAUUCACAUCAAGGCCCAUCUGCUUCUUCAACAAAUGCUAGGAGUAAUCCCCUUAGUCGACGGGGAAGUUUCACGGAUGAUCAUCAUACAGAUGCCACUAGUACCACCUUGAGCAGCGGACAUCAUACCCCCGAACAUUUAGAUUACGAGGGAUUGGAAGAUUUGACCAAAGUUCCUUCCUAUACCACGGCUCUCAAAACACCUGUAAGAGGAUUGAGCUACACCGAAGCACUACCCAACUACGAUUCUGCCGUUUCAGCACCUCCAAGCCCAACGUUACUGGCGAGCACCAGUCCAAAUACACCGUAUGAGCAUCCAUUGGACGGGGGACAUUCACAUGGACAUUCACAAUCACAAUCACAAUCAAGUUCGCACACAAAUUCGCAUGCACAUGCAGACACGCAUAGACAUCACGGACCAGGCUUUCUGAGGAGGAAUCCAUUUUCUAGUAUGGGAUUUACCCCGCUACAUCCACCAGCACAAGCACAUCUAGGAGAAGGGGAGGAGAGGAGAAGAUUGCACUUAUUGCAGCACAGAGAUCGGGUACAUUGA